GUGAAUUGUCUUUUUUUAUUUCGACGUCUUUAUGAACAUUACGCCUUGACUGAUUAUGAUGGAAACUCGUCUCGAGGAGUUAUUUCAGCUCUGUAACCCUACCGGCGCAGGUCACAUCGGACGAGAAGAACUUCGCGGCUUGUGCGCCACGUUACAAAUUUCGUCAUCAGACGCAGAUGCCAUAUUUCUGGACCUAGACAACGACGGCGAUGGGUUAAUAAGUUUCUCCGAUUUUUCUCAUGGAUUUCGAGACUUUCUCAACCCUGGAACGAGAAGGGGCAGUUUACAAACGCCAACUCCGAGUGAAGAACAGUUGAACGAAAUGGGACGCAAACAUGCUUCUGCGAGAGGAGCUUGGAAUAAUUUCUCCACGACGUUAGGAAUCGUUCCGGAGUCGGAAUGCUUGGGAAUUGGUGAAGAAUCCGUGAGCAAAUCACUUUCUCUUCUGAUGGCAGAUGUGACCCGACUCACAGACGAUUACCGAAGUCUGGAAAAUUCUUUCCGUCGGUCAGCUCAAGUACAUGCAGCCCAGUUGGAAGCAUUGGGAGAAGAAAUGGAAUACGUCAAGACGGAGGCUCGGGCGAAGCAGGAGGCUCGAGAAGAAGCGGCCAAGCAGGUGGACGCUGAGAGGAGGAAGAUCGCAGGUGAAAUGGAAACCCAACUGGCUGAAUUAUCAGAGCAACUUUUGUGCUUUAAAAAGGCUUGGAUGUCCAAUGAAGAGAGCAAAAAUCGUGGGUGUGUCGCUGGCAAUAAUAAUAAUGGGCUCGAGUCUGAAAACAAAACCUUACGAUCUUCGCUGCUGGAAGCGCAAACGAAGGCCGCCGUGCUCCAAAGUCAGUUGGUACUGAAGAGAAAUGAUUACUUGGAAUUGUGCGAGGAAUUGAAAUCGGAGAAAGCAGUGCAUCGAAACGCUGUUGAGGCCAUGCAAGACCAUCUCUCUUCUCUGAAUGAGGCUAAUCGUGUCUUGUGCGAUGCGAAUGACUGUUUUGUGACCAGUGCGACAGGGUCGGGUCCCAGUUCUUAUGCUGAAUCUCAUUUAGGCGACAAGGAUAGCGGAAGGGGAACUUUGCUGGAUGAACUCCGUACUUCUGAAGAGAUUAAUAGUCCAAGUUCGGGAUAUUCUAGUUCACUUUGGUCCAACACCCUAAUCUCAACAGCAGCACCUCCACCUCCUCAACUGGAACGCACCUUCAAAGUGAUUUUGGCUGGAGAUGCAGCAGUCGGGAAGAGCACGUUCAUUGAAAGAGUUUGUCAAGGGCACUUUACGCCGAACCUUAGUUCGACCAUUGGAGUUGACUUUCGGGUCAAAAGCGUCGAGGUGGACGGCGUUGCGGCCGCUUGCCAAAUUUGGGAUACCGCAGGUCAGGAGCGAUUUCGCUCGUUAACAAAAAGUUACUUUCGACGGGCGGAUGGAGUUCUUUUAUUAUACGAUGUAACGAGUGAACGCACCUUUCUCUCCAUUCGUCAUUGGGUCCACUCCAUUCAAGAGGGUGCCGGACGGAGUCUGCCCAUCAUUUUGUGUGGCAACAAAAGUGAUCUUCGAAACCGCGAAGGAGUUGCGUGUGUCCCGUGGGAAGAAGGCUCAAAGUUGGCUGCUUCCUGUGGAGCCUCGUUUUUAGAAACGUCCCCAAAAUCUGGAGAGAAUGUGAUGAACUCUUUGGUUCUGCUAGUAAGGGAAAUGAGUGUAAUUGAGGAUACGGAACUAAAAAACUCUGUCACAUUACUGGAAUCGGUCCCGUCCAAAAAAGGGUGUUGCUCGUCGUCGUAAAUUUCAUCUAUUUUGAAAAUAAAACUCAUUAACAUUAUUUACUUGUAAUAAAACUGAUGUUCCUCAAAAAAAA